AUGUUCAUCAAUACGCCAGACACACUGUCUGUGUCCAUAUACCACCAUGCAGGCUCGGUGCUAGUGUGCACGAUGUGGUCGGCUUGGGUCAUCACUCGGUGGACGACAACCCCACAGGCGUUGCUAUCAAGAUGGCGACAAGUGCCGACCGUGCAGCUGAUCGUGGGCACUCUUGUGGUCUUGACGCACUUGUUUCUUCUGCGAGGAUUGGGCAACUUCUACGGGCCGGCUGCUGUCGCUCUGUCGCCAGUGGGCCGGUGGGGGCCAUUCUGUUUGCUGAUGCUCUUCUACUCUGGAGGGCACAUGGGUGAUGCGCGGGCGAAGCGGACACCCAAUUCUGAGAGGUGGCAAUCGCAAAGGGCAAGUUUUGGCACUGUGUUUGGAUACGGUUUUCGAGUUUGGACUCACACGUAG